UCAACCGACAAACAACCCUUCACCCUGCUCCUGUGACGGAGAGACUUCAUCAUGCUGUUGUUCCUCUUCCUGCUGGGUCUGGCUCUGGGUGCUGUGUCUCCUUCAGAUGACCCUCUAGUGAAGCUUCAGCGUGGCAGCUGUCGCCCGUUCUGGUACUCCUUCAACGGCCGCUGCUACAAGUACAUCGCCGCAGACAUGGACUGGGCUGAUGCAGAGCUCCACUGUGUGUCAGAGGGAGCCAACCUGGUGUCUAUCCACAGUCAGGCCGAACAUGAGUUUGUCAAAUCUCUGAUCAAGAACUUUCACCCUGCUGAGGGAUGGACCUGGAUCGGACUCAAUGACAUCCCCAAAGAAGGAAGAUGGAUGUGGUCUGAUGGGUCAGCAGUCAACUUUGUCUUUUGGAAUUCAAGACAGCCAGACAAUAAAGGAAAUGAAGACUGUGUCCACACCAACUUUAAUCAUAAAUGGAACGAUAGAUCUUGUUCAGAUACUUAUCCCUCAGUUUGUGCAUCUCACAUAACUUGUCCUUAGCAACUGAGAUGUUACAUUUGUCUGAUUGAACCAGGUCACUGUAAAACUGUUACUCUGUUAACAUGCUUUGGACCACAAUAAAGAGAUGA